AGAAAUUGGGCCAGAAACUCGUAAUAGCCCAAUGGCCCAGAUGGGCCGAUCUACUAAUAGCUGGGCCAGGAAAGCAUUUACAAUUGCAGUAGCAACCUUUGCAGGCAUCCCCUUCGCCUUCGCCGGUCGCCGCCGUCAAAGCCAAGAGGCGUGCAAUGUCGCGGCCGCCGUCGCCGAUGCUCUCCGUCCCGGAGAAGAAGACGGCCGCCACCGAGCUCUUCCGGGACCGCCACUUCUUCAACUCGGCCUUCUUCACCGACCUCCGGGAGGCACGCGCUUCCCUCUCCGCUCCGAGCUCCCAGGCGACGACCCAGGACGCCGCCUCCCGCCGCGCGCUCCUACUCCGGUACCACCGCCUCCUCGCCUCCGCGCGCGACGACCCCUGCGACUUCGACGACGACCUCGCCUUCACCUGGCACGACGCCUUCAGGCCCCACCUCAGGCGCACCGCGGCGUCCCUCCGCUUCGAGAAGGCCGCCGUCGUGUUCAACGUCGGCGCCGCCUCGUCGAGGAUCGCGGCGGCCGUCGACCGGGCGGCGGUGGGCGGGGUCAAGGCUGCGUGCGGGGAGUUCCAGCGCGCCGCGGGGGCGUUCAGAGCGGCGGGGGAGAUGAUGGAGGGGGAGGAGGAGGACACGGAGGACACGGUGGAUAUGGGCCCCGAGGCCUCCGCGAUGCUGGAGCGGCUCAUGCUCGCGCAGGCGCAGGAGUGCUGCUUCGAGCGCGCUCUCGCCGCGGGGACGUCGUCAGCGGCUUGCUCCAAGGUCGCCAAGCAGGCUGCCUUGUAUUAUGAAGAAGCUUAUGCUUCACUGGUUAUCCCUCCACUACAAAACCACUUUGAGAGAUCUUGGGUAGCACACAUCCUGUUAAAGGCUGCUCUAUUCAAUGCAGAAGCUAGCUAUCACUAUGCUAUUGAACUGCAUGAGAAAACAGAAAUCGGUGAAGAGAUAGCUCGAUUACAGUUUGGAAUUAAUGCAAUUGUCGAUGCAAAGAAAGCUGUCCGUGGAGCCCCAGGAUCCCUUUAUGAUGCUGCCUCCAGACUCGAACAAGAUAUGAACCAGAACUUGGAGAGAGCACUGAAUGAGAACAACCGCAUCUAUCUUCUGCGAGUCCCAGCAGCCAAACUACUAGCUCCUCUGCCAGCAGCUUCACUUGUCCGGUCUGCUUCCCUGAGUGAGAUCUUAGAUGUGAAGACAGAAACCGGUAAUCAAUCAUCGUAAGGAAACCCUUCACGUUGCAAAAGGAAGGAAUCACAUGUGUCAGUGCCACUGCAUUUGCAUGUUAAAGAUCGUCUGCUGCAGUGAAUUGCAGGGUCGAUUACGAUUUGUUUGUUUACUUGCUGGGGGUGUAAAUAGCCACAGGAACCUGCACUGGCGAUUACAUGGGUUGUUACUAUGAUUUACCAUACCAUCUUUGUGGGCUCGUUAUUGUAGACAACAUGGAUGGUUCAUCUACAUGCCACUUAACAUUUUGCAAGAAUAUUAUGAGGUAGUGCCUUAUUUUGUUAGCCAUUUUGGCAA